AUGGGUGCGAUCAAGAGCGCCGUCGCUGAUGCUGUGUUGACAUUCAUGUGGGUGUUCUGCGCUUCGACUCUGGGGGUGUCGACCUCCGUUAUAGCUUCUGCUAUCGGCGUCCAAGGGAUGUCAACCCUCCUUAUCACGACAGUCCUCGUCUUCGUUCUCCUUUUCAUUUUCGGCAUUAUUGGGGACGCUCUUGGUGGGGCCAGCUUCAAUCCCACUGCCACUGCCGCUUUUUAUGCCGCAGGCGUGGGAGCCGACUCUCUGAUCUCCGCCGCCGUCCGUUUUCCUGCUCAGGCAGCUGGAGCAGUAGGUGGUGCACUGGCAAUCAUGGAAGUGAUGCCACUGCAAUAUAAACACAUGCUCGGGGGACCUUCCUUAAAAGUUGACUUGCAUACUGGGGCCAUUGCUGAGGGAGUAUUGACCUUUACGAUUACCUUUGCCGUACUCCUCAUUAUUCUUAGAGGUCCUAGAAGCCCCCUUCUGAAGAAUUGGUUGCUUUCCAUGUCAACUGUAGCUUUAGUAGUUGCAGGCUCCAGUUAUACUGGACCUUCCAUGAAUCCUGCGAAUGUAAGUAGCACAAAACUCUUCUGUUCUUAUGUCUGGAGUCUGGAGUAUGAAAAAAUCAUGGGAUAUCUUCUUAUUCGCUGUUACACUGCAUCCUUGCUGGUAGUUGUUUGCUUGUCUUAUCCGUCAAAUAUAUAAAAACUAAAGAAACUAUUCUGUUUGCCCACCAAAAAAAACUGAAAAGCAAAAGUUCUGCCUUCCCUUUUUAUAGUCUAUUGUCAAUUGUGGC